UAUUGAGUACGUCUAGUGAGCAAGCACAUUAUGUUAUAUCUUAUAGCAGUGGUUUGCAGCCUUUUUGGCUCUAACAACCUGAAAAUAAAAUAAAAUAAAAUAAAGUCUACUUAAGACUGGUCGUCGCAGAUUAUGGUGAUGAACUGUGAGCAGUUCAACCAAAGAUGGAUUUAUCUUUCUUAGAUUUCAACAAGUUUCAUUUGAAAAAUUUGUUCCGGUAAAGGAAUCUAGUAUUUCACAAGAAAAAAAUCAGAAAUGAGAGUAAAUUUAGUUUUUAAAAAAGGAAAAAACUUUUCUUCUUUAUGACCUUAGCUAUUGGUUGACCCCUCAAAUUUACAUAAUUUUUACCAGGUUGGGAACCUCUGAUAAGGAUAAGCCACCUGCUAUUUUUUUCCACUUGUGACAGUAAAAAUAAACAGAAUAUAUUGGGAUAUAUAUAGACCCUAACCCUUUCUAACACCAAGUUCAGUCUAUUGUUGUCCUAUCAGCUCCUCAGCCCAAAGAAUUUUCUGUCUUUGCCUCUACCAGCCCUAUCUCUCUCAUCCUUCUGACCCCAGAUUAAUACUGUGUUAAUAUACAACCGAGGGGGAAGGAACAUUCCAGUCACCUCCCCUUAUGUCUGAAGAGGCAGAGUAACUUGUACAGACUCACACACCUUCAACUGCAGCAACUUUGGUUGGUGUUCAAAUUUGGAGAAAGAAUUUAUUAACAUUAUAGGUAUUAAAGGGAUCAAUAAAGUCUAGUCUAAAUCUAGUCUAAGGUAAAUCUAGCAUUGUUUUAUCCUGAACAGGCACUGAAGAGCUCAAACUACAAGGCUUUUUUAACACUUCCUGCCUGAUACCGGUGUCAUCAACUCGCCAAGAUAUUUCUCUCCAUCAGAAAAAAAGAAAAGAAGGGCAAAAUGAUCAGCAACAUGAAGAAGCAGCUGUGGUCUCUGGCCCGUAUAGUUCUGCCUGGUGUGGGAUUUGCAUUGACGUGUACCGGCACCUACCUGGUGUCCCUGCAGAUAGAGCACGAAUACACAUUGAGGGUCAUCCCAUCCUACAUCAUGAUCAUCCUCGGCCUGUUGGCUAUGUUCAUUGGGGUCUUCUGGAACGUCUGCCACAGCAUGAAGAGUAAGAUAUACCAGAGAGGAGGACAUGAACAGCACAUCCAAGUCUACACAAUUGAGAGACCAAGGUCCUUUCCUCCAUCAUAUGAAGAGUCCCAGGAAAGCCAGGUCUCUCCCGAGACAGUCCCUCCGACCAUGGUUGUGGUCGACGGGGUGGAUGUUGUGAUGAAUCUCGCUCCUCCACUGUACAGUGAGGACAGCUCAGAGGCCCCAGACUGCACGUGGAGCUGGGAGCGGCCUCCACGAUACAGUCAGGUUGAGAGUAUUCAGCAGGGACAGGCGGAUACAGAGGAGCGGAGGGAGGCCUUGUCCACACACUGAAGGAAGAAAUGUUUUUUGCCUGACUGUGAGAGAAAAAGGGAGGAAUGCUGAUUUUAGAGAGGCAUGACUUUUCAGACUGAGCUCAGAGAAGAAGUUCCAGACAAAUGGGAAAGGGCCUGUGUAGUUGUUUUGCUCGGCUGCCAAAUGAUGGACCACAGCAAUGUGCUGAUAUCACCUUUGUGCCAUGAAUCUGCACACAGUGCUCAACCUCUGAACUGUAUUGUCUGGACAGACUGUUAACAGGCCUGUUUCAGCCCAGUGGUCUUUAUAGAGUUACAGCCUGUUCAGUUAAACUGUGGUUUAGUGUUGAUGUUACUCAAAUGGUCUCUGGUUUCCGAAAGCAAGGAUCACAUUUGAGUUGUAAAACUGAUGACAAAUAACAGCGAACAGUAUAAGAUGUCUGAACUGACAGACAGUGCUUAUUUUUACCUGCUCUCUAGCUCCAAUUUGUGCACUAUUAAAACCAAACACUCCUGCAUGUGUACAAGUAUAUUACAACUGUGUGUAUAGAAGUGAAUUAAGCUACUAAUUUAUGUUACGGAAUAAAAAUAUCAAGGCACUAAACCUAUACUGUGUUGUUUUGCAUUCUAAAAUUUGACAAUGUUGUUUCUCAGUCUUCAAGACAUUUUAGAUUUUUAACACAUCUUUAAAAAUAAAUCUUCUUACAAGGCAACCUGAUGUAAAUUCAAAAUAGAUCAAACAGUCAGUUAUGUAUUUUUUUUUUAAAGUUAACUUUAUGUAUAGGCUGUUCCUAAUUGACAAUGAUAAUGACUCUGUAUUUCAGCAUGCAACAGACGUCCCCAGUCUGACUUGAAUCAGGAAUAUUACAGUUACAGGGACAGUAUCUUUGAUCCUUAGGCCACCACAACAUCCUAUAUGUUAGACUUUUAUGCCAAAUUAGGUUUGAGGUUAGGUUAGGUUUAACUAAUGAGGUUUUAAACCAAUUUUGCAAUGCAAAUGUGGCUAAGUCAGCAGUAUAAACAGUUGCUGAAAAAAAAACCAAUAUCAGACAGUGGAUAAAACAAUACAAAAACAGACAAUAAUCAGAAAACUAGACUACAGCUAGGCUAAAAUGAGGAUUUAUUGAGUAAAAUUCACUUAGUAGACUAGUAGUAAUUCUAAGUGGCUGGAGCAGAAAACAUGAAGACUUUCUUUCAAAUCCCUGUCUAUACAUUAAGGACAAAAGAUUUGCAGUAUGUCUGAGCUAAUGAGUGCAGGAUGGACUUUGCACAUAUGUAAUAGAAGUUAGAAUGGCUUAAUAAAUAAUAUAAUACACUAAUGGCUCAGUGGACAUAUGAACAAAGAGCACAGUGAGUUAAUGGUUAAAAUAUUUCCCGCCGUGUCUGUGGUACAUUGAGUAUAUUUGUAUACUGUGGUCCUUAACAAUGACUGCUGAGGCAAAAAAAAAAGUCUUUUCAGUCUGUGCUGAAUUUGUACUUUCACUGUGUAUGACAUCAUGAGGUGUCCUAACAAGCAGCUUUAAUAGAUUAUGCGUACUCUCUGAAGAGCACCUGACAGCUCAGUUGAAAAGUUCACCACAGUAAAAACAGGAACCAUGGUGUUCUGCACCGGUAUGCAACUUUGCAGCUUGUACAUUUCAAUGCACAAAUAAAAACAGGUGAUUACUGACACUAUCUAAAUUUACCAAGUACUUUAAAGGAACAUCUCAUCUCGCCGCGACCUAUUAGACACGAGUCCCUGAAAUGUGGGCAAUUUCAGCAACAACCUAAACCGUCUUCUUAGCGACAAAUUCAAAGGUGAUAAACUGGCAUUGAUCCUCAUCCAAUCUCAGAAAUAACCCCUGACAUUAUAAAACAGUUAGAUGGGGCUAUAACCUGUAAUGGCUGACAGGUAAUGUCUGGCUGACUGAGUGAACACAUCCUUGCGGAUAUCCACUGGCACAUCCUCAACUCGUAACGACGGUAAUCAAUGUGUUUAUGAGUUCCUGCUCUCUGUGUCUCAUUGAGGCCGUAUAAAGAUCAACUCUCUUCAUUUCUUAUCACAACACAACAGCUUCCAACGCAUUUCACACUCGGCUCAAAAGCAGGUGCUGUAUUCGGCAAACAAAAGCCCACUUUUCCUCAGGGAUGUUCAAUCAGCAUGUGAUAUAUAGUAUCAGGC